AUGGUGUCACCUUUGCUAAAGCAGACAUGGGUAGCUUCGGGGGUGCUGCUCAGCAUGUUCGCCCAGGGUAUCAUCCUGGGUUUCACCUCGGUGCUACUGCACGCUCUUCAGGCGCCAGGGUCAGACAUAAAGAUUGACGUCAACGCGGCGUCAACCAUCGCGUCAGUCUCGGGGAUGGGUGCUGCCACAGCGUUCCUCGUCUCGUCUAUCUUCAUGGAGAUAUUUGGACGAAGAUUGGCGUACAGAUUAGCGAUACUCCCGGGCAUUAUCGGUUGGAUAUUUAUAUACAACGCCAACAGCAUCUCUCUGCUUAUCGCUGGCAGAGUCUUCGGCGGCUUCACUGGCGGUUCCUCGGUAGCAUUAGGGGCUGUGGUGAUAGCAGAAUACACCAGCCCCAAGAAUCGCGGUAUGUUCUUGAAUCUCAAAACGGCAGCGGUCUGCUUGGGAAACCUGGUGGUCCACAUGCUCGGGCACUUCUACCAUUGGAGGACGGUGGCCCUGAUCGCGCUAGUGCCGUGUGUCGUUUCCCUGCUGAUAGUUCUGACUUGGCCCGAGAGUCCGUCCUGGUUGGCCACCAAACACAAGUAUGAGGAGAGUGAGAAAUCGUUCUACUGGCUGCGAGGAAGAAAUGCCAAAUCCGCGAGUGAAAUCAGGGAUCUACUAAGUGCUCAAAAAGAUAGAAUUGAUAAUAGUAUAAACUUAAGCUAUAGUACCAAAUUGAAGGAAUUUCUCAAGAAGUUUACUAGAAAGGAUUUCGUUAAGCCAUUCAUUAUUAUCGUGUCCGGUAGUUUGCUUCUAGAGUCCUGUGGACGGCAUGUCUUCCCAGCGUUCGCUUUGCAGAUCGCCGAGGAAGUGACCGGUAGUAAAGGACAGUCGUUCUACUACAUUCUAGGCAUAGACAUCAUAAUAACGAUUAGUGCAACCUUCUCUUCAUAUCUAGUCAAAAUAUUUAAAAGGCGCACGCUAUUGUUUUCAACUGGAUUCGCCGCUUUAUUAGUUCUUUAUAUUGUAUGCGGUUAUCUAUAUUUAGCGAGUAUAAACGUAAUUUCAAGCACUAGCACGUUGGUGCCUAUUUUGUUAUUUGUGCUUUACUUUAUUCUUUCGAAUUUAGGUUGCACGCCGAUACCGCUGGCUUUGCUCGGUGAAAUAUUUCCUUUAGCGCAUAGAGGGGCAGGCUCCUGCAUCGCUGGCUUAUUGCUAGCUCUGUGUUUGACCAUAAGUAUGAAAGUGACGCCGUAUCUGCUAGUAAAUAUAAAAGUUUAUGGAACAUUUGCUCUCCUGGGUUCCGUGAUGGGCCUCAGUCUGUUCGUGCUAUGGUUAAUACUGCCUGAGACGAAGGAUAAAACGCUGCAAGAGAUAGAAUACUAUAUGAACCACGGCGAAUACAAGCAAAAAAUUGAUGAUGACUCUAAAACGAAAAUGAUACCAGCAUAA